UCCUCAAAGAUCCUGGCUCAGAUGCUUGGGUGAAGGUUUUAAGUUCCUUAGACUGUAAAUGUUCUUUUGAGCCUCAGGCAAUUCCCUGCAGCAUAACCUGGAGGAGAAACAUGCCAAACACUGUCCACUCGGGACAGCCCCAUGGUGAAGACUGAAGAGGAGAAAGAGAUGUUGGUGUUGGUAGAGCCAGAAGAUUUUCUUAAGCGCCUCUUUUCCCUAACCCAGAGUCUUUCCAGUGCCCCAUCAGCAAGUCAGCCUGACCUGAACCAAGUGUUGCCUUUGGCUGGUCUGGAGGGCUCCUACACCAAAACCUACAGCCUGGCUGUCGUGGGGCUGGAUGCCUACAGGCUGUAUAACCAGGAGCUGAGCCCUGGAAAGCAGAGUCCCAGAUCCCACCCUGGCCUAGACUAUGUGCUGUCUAUGACUCAAAAGGAGAUACUGGAGGUGCUGGUGGUGCUGCAGCUGUGGGGUAGCAGGGAAGUGCUGUUCCUAGACACAUGGCAGGAGUCGGGCCAGCAUGUCUCUGCGCUGAUGAAGGCAAUAACAAAACGCCCAUACAAGAGACAGCUGCAGUCACAGGAGUUGCCUUUCUGCACUGCUGGGGCCUGGGCCAGUGGGGUGUGAGUGGAGACGGAUGGCACAGGGCUCCAACAGUUGUAGAAGAGACAAAUCCAGCAGUUUAACAGAGUCAGCCUUGCAAUGGCAGUAGCUAUAGCAGAAGCAUAUACCUCCCCAAGCCUCCUGUUACAAGCCUACAAAGAAUGCAGCACAGAAGAUGAAAAAUGACUCCUACUGAGUGAUACCCUGGUGAAAUUGGACAUCCGUGGCAAAGACCACCAUGUUGGGCCAGACUUAUUCCACCACAUCUACCUCUUCAUGGUCUCCACUGACCCUGACCUUGUCCUGGACCCGAGCACAUAGAGGGACCAUGGACCAUGUUGGUCACCCUCCUUGUUUUAUCCACCACAGCUCGGUGG